AUGCAACUAUUCCUUCCUCCUACUUGCAUGCAUUUCCGUGUAUGUUCUUGCUGCUUCCUCCUCCUCCGGUCUGGCGGCUGCAUGCUCGUCGGCUGUUACGCGAUUCCGAAGAUUUUUUGCGUGCGUUCCGGAGGCAUGCACUCACUGCCGUCGAAUUAUUCUCAUCGUGUUGCGCGGCACGCCACCGGGAAUCUAGACCGGUGCAGGAUUCGAUUCUGCAUGCCACUUGAACCCAGCUUCCAAUGGAUGGAAAUGGAACCUUGCAUCGUCCCUAUUUAAGCAUCGCCGCUGAGCUAAUCCCUCCCUCCCCCUCGAAAUCUUGUCUCGAUCCGUUGCCAAAACCUGCUGCUUCAGUUCACAGACUUUGUGAUCACUAGAUGAACACCAAGAAGAUUAAGCUGCACGGCCACCUCUACGGGUCGCCGCCGUGCGACCCGCAGCUGUUUCCCGGCACCGUCGCCGGGCUCUCCUUCCACCCGGGGCUCGUGAGCUCCGCGCCGCAGCAGCAUGGUGGCGCGGGCAGCUGGAUGCCCGAGGAGUACAACCAGACCCCGAGGUCGGUUCUCGCGACGCAGGGCAGCUGCGUCGGCUCAGACACCGCCGCAUUCUUCGCCGCCGAGCACCUGCUCGGCAUCGCACGGUUCGACUACCCUCUGGGAACGACCACGCUCCCGGCGAUGGCAGCGCUCAAGACAGCGCAGUUCAGCCGGUCGACGGAUGCUGAGCAGCUCUACCGGCCCGUCGACCCGCUGCUGCUCCGCGACGGAUCGGUAAGAACGUACUAUGUCCGGCAGCAGCAGCGGGACGCCUCGGAGGCGCCUCCUGCAUUCAAUCUGCCAUUGCAGCAGAAGCAGGAGCGAGUGCAUGGGCUGUUCGGCAACUCUUCCACCGCUGGGCUUCUCGGAGGCGAACCCGAAACCGAUUCGUUUUCAUCUCAUGUAAGUGAAGUUACGGCGAGCACGCUUCUCCCGGUGAUGGAGGCACCGAGCAUGCAAAGCCCGAUGGAGAGCCCGCUAUCCGGGAGUUACAAUAUCGGCGCACCGGCGACCCACACCGGCAACGUCGUCGCCGCGCCUGGGCAAGGCGCGCCGAGCAAGACGCGGAUCCGGUGGACGCAGGACCUCCACGAGCGGUUCGUCGACUGCGUGAACCAGCUCGGCGGCGCGGACAUCUUCUCUUGUUGCUGUGUGACACUUGCAGAGGCGACUCCCAAGGGGAUUCUGAAGCUGAUGAACUCUGAUGGCCUCACCAUCUACCACAUCAAGAGCCACCUUCAGAAAUACCGGAUAGCCAAGUACAUGCCAGUAUCAACACCGGAAGGGAAACAGGAGAAAAGAGCCGCGGGAAACGAGGUCCAGAAUCUCGACCCAAACACUGGAAUGCAAAUCACUGAAGCACUACGCGUCCAGCUCGACGUUCAGAGGCGCCUCCACGAGCAGCUCGAGAUCCAGCGGAACUUGCAGCUGAGGAUCGAGGCGCAGGGCAAGAAGCUGCAGAAGAUGUUCGAAGAGCAGCUCGAGGCGAGCAGGACCGUGAUGGAGCCGCGGGAGGAACUGCAGGGCGUCGGCGCCGCCUGCCGCGGCGUCAUCGAGGAGGAGGACGCGUUCGACGACAUGCAGCUGCAGUCCAUGGCCAGCGGCGGCUACACCGAUGCCUGGUUCCCGUCGAAGAUAAGCUAGCUAAGCGUCGGGGCGUCUCAGCUAGCCUGCUUUGUAAUCGUAGGAUUUGGCAAAUGUUUGUGUAGUUCUCGAUGUAUGAUACGUACAAUGUUGGGGUGGAGUGACUUUAUUUUUGCCAAAUCGAGCUGUCGAUUUUUUUAAUAAAAAAUAUGUAUUGAAACAA